CAGCUUCGUGAAUCUGACUAAAGACAGGGGCAUUUGAUUCCCACAAGUCUCUCUCUCUCUCGUUCUCUCUCUAUAAAUAUACGGCGUAGCCCGAAAGCUCAUAAGCAAAUCCAAAGCAUCUGACUUAUUGCCUGCCCUUUCUCUUCUUUUCUUUUUUCAUCAAUAGAUCAUCAGAAAUGGCUGAAAAUGAUUCACUGUCGGAGUUCCUAGCUGUUGCAGUCGAUGCAGCAAAGCGAGCCGGCGAGAUUAUCCGCGAAGGGUUCUACAAGACCAAGAAUGUGGAGCAUAAAGGCCGGGUGGACUUGGUCACUGAAACUGACAAGGCAUGUGAAGACCUUAUAUUCAAUCAUCUCCAGAAGAAGUAUCCGCGACAUAAGUUCAUCGGGGAAGAAACUACCGCUGCUUGUGGUCCUGCAGAGCUGACUGACGAGCCCACAUGGAUAGUUGAUCCUCUCGAUGGGACAACCAACUUUGUGCAUGGGUUCCCCUUUGUGUGCGUCUCUAUCGGCCUUACAAUUGGAAAGAUCCCAACAGUCGGUGUUGUUUACAAUCCAAUAAUUGAUGAGCUUUUCACUGGCGUUCGUGGUAAAGGUGCUUUUCUGAAUGGAACUCCUAUAGAAGUUUCAUCUAAAACUGAACUUGUGAAGUCUCUCCUAGCAACAGAGGUAGGAACAAAACGCGACAAAUCAACUGUGGAUGCUACUACAAAUAAAAUCAAUAGCUUACUUUUCAAGGUGAGAUCUCUUCGGAUGAGUGGCUCUUGUGCAUUAAACCUUUGUGGUAUUGCAUCUGGAAGGCUUGAUCUAUUUUAUGAACUUGGCUUUGGUGGUCCAUGGGAUGUGGCAGGUGGAGUUGUAAUUGUUGAAGAAGCUGGCGGACUUGUGUUUGAUCCGUCUGGUAAAGACUUCGACAUCAUGUCUCAGAGAGCAGCUGCUUCAAACCCUCAUCUCAAGGAUGCUUUUGUUGAGGCCCUACAUUAUCAAUGCUAGAAGGUUCAUUUUUUCACAUUCAAGUUCCCUAGUUCAUUAAUGUGGGCUACUGACAAGUAUCUCCAAUUGAGAAAUAUUUUGUCAUUCUGUUAUUUUUCGGAUCAAUUGAGGCCAUUGGUAGUGCCAUAUUUUUUGUACAAUCCAAGUGAUAUGACAAUUCACAUAGUAAUACAAAUUUACUAUGCCCCCCAUUGCAAUGCAA